CGGGGUGCCAUGGAGGAGCCGCCACAGCCGCCCGCCUGAUCCCCGAGGCCGCCGGCACCGAGACAAAGCGCGGGGCUGCGGCCGCGCCCGCCCGGCCGAGCCAUGGUGGAGCCGCCGGCCGAGCCUCCCCCGCAGCCCUGCCCGGCGCCCGGGGGGGCGGUGGGGGGAGAGCCGGCCCGUCCCGGAGAGCAGUCGCCGCUGCUGCACCUGGAUCUGUACAACUUCGACUGCGCGGCGGCGGAGGGCAGCCGGUACGUGCUGACCAGCCCGCGGUCGCUGGAGGCCUGCGCCCGCUGCGCCGUGCGACCCGUGGAGCUGCUGCCGCGGGCGCUGGGGGACCUGCUGCGGGAGGCGCCCGGGCGCUCCAUGCGGGUGGCCGCCGGCCUCUACGAGGCCUACGAACGGGAGCGCCGCCGCAAGCUGCAGCAGUGUCGGGAGGAGCGGGAGAGGAUUAUCCGGGAGGAGAAGAGGCGGAUCCUCGCGCCCCUCGGCAGCCUGCCUCCCUCGCCCGCCGCCCGCGUCGCCUCCCGCGCUGCUGCCGCCGCCGCUGCUGCCGGCGGGCCCCGGACCCAUGGCGGGGGCAAGGCCAGGGCGUCGAGGGGUGCCAAGGGCAAGAGCCACUCCCUGGACUCGCUGCAGAAGCGUCGUGAGGGCAGCUGGGGCAAGACCUCCUCGGAGUCGGGGGCCUCGUCCUCCUACAGCGGGGAGAGCUUGCGGGAACGGGGGGGCAAGGUGGGUGGCCGGGGCCGGGGGGCAGCUGCUGCCAAUGGGUCCUUUCUGGGGCGCAGCUUCAGCCUGGGUGACCUCAGCCACUCACCACAGACUGCCCAGAGGGUCGAGAGGAUCGUCAGGGAGGUGAAGAGGAAGAAGGGCCUCUCGGAGGUACCUGAGAGGGACAAGAAGAUUGCGGCACUGAUGAUUGCCAAGCACCAGGAGGCCAACAUCCUGCGGGAGCAGCGGCAGGUGGCCCAUCUUCAGUGGGACAGCCAGCGGCGCCUGGCUGAGCAGCGUAAGGAGCAGGAGGAGAAGGAGAAGCAGAGGGCCCUCCUGCAGGGUCAGCGGAUGUGGGAGAGCCAGGUGGAGAAGCGUCGUGGGAGGCUGAACCAGGAGCAGGAGGAAGCUGCCCUGAUGAAGCAGAGACAGCGCCUCAUGUGUGAGGAGAGGUGGCGAGAGCAAGCGGAGAAGCAGGAGCGGCUGCGGAGGGAGAGGCUGGAGAGGGCCAUCCAGGAGGACAAGCAGAAGAAGCUCCAUCAAGAGCUCAACCUGAAGGCAAAGGAGGAGGUCAAGAAGGAGCACCAGGAGCGAGAGGAGCAGCUCCUGCAAGAGAAGCUGUCCAUGGCUGCACAGAAGAGGCUGAAGAAGGAGGUGCAGCUGCAGAAGGAGAAGAGACUGUUUAACCAAGCAGAGAAGCUGAAGCACGAGGCCUUGCUCAAGGAAUUGGCCAAGCAAGAGGCAGAAGAGAAGGAAAUGCUGAAGGCCUCCCUGAAGAUGAGUUUGACAAAGGCUCAGGAGAACUAUGAGCAGCUAGUGGAGAAGAGAAACCAGGAGCUGAGGGAGAAGGCCAGGCGUGAGGACAUGCAGAUCCAGAGAGCUAAACUGGCAGCAGAGAAGAAGGAAAGAGAGCAGAAGGAGCACUUGGAGGCACUGGCUAGAGAAACAGAGAGAAAGCUCCAGCAUGCUGCCCAGGUGGCCGAAGAGGCUGUUCAAGAGAAAGCCCGCAAGGUGGUCUUGAGUCGUCUGGAGAAGGAAAAAGUGCAGAAGAUGAACAAGCAAAAGGUGGAACAGUAUGAAGACUUACGGCGCAGGGAAAUCCUCCUCUCUAUAGAGAAGAAGCUGGAGAGAAGCGAGCAGAUCUUCAAGGAGAAGAAGACUGUCUUAGAAAAUGCCAGGUCUGUCGCUCGGGCGUCCUUCCACGUCCGGGAAAAAGUACGGGAGGAAACAAACAUGCGCACCUUUGACAAGAUGGCCUUUGAAGCAGAACUGCAUGCUCACCUUAACAAGAAAUGAAAGAUCUUGUCAUGGAUAAGUGGGGAUGCACCACCGGUUGUCCAUCAUAAUGCAUAGAAAGCUCCUCCACAUGAACAUUUGAAAAACAACAACAACUAACAUCCACCCUAAUUUCUUAUUCUGGAGGAGCAGGGUACCGCACAAAAAUGUGGCAGCUAUUUCACAUACUGUUUUAAAUACAUUUUUUGUUCUGGGUGUGUUUUAAGGACUGACCUCAGUCAUCUUUCCAGAGGGGAAGCAAGUUUUUGUGCCCUCCACCCCACGAGCACACACAUUUUUUCAGAGAGGGCUGCAGAAGAAGUCUGCUUGAAGCCUGUGAGUACUGAUGGGUUGUUUACAGCAGAGAUGACUACAGCUGGUCUCUUCAGUUUGCAAUGCAGACAACAGAGCCUACUGAGUAAGAACCAAAACCAUCUGAGCUGAUUCUGCCUUGAGUGACAGUUUGGUUUAAGUUAUGGGACUGCAUUUUCCAAGCUGCUGCACUCCCAUGCUGAAGAUGACGAAGGCUGGAGUACAGAAUUCCAUAUGCCCUGCGUGCCCCUUGUCUGCUGCUGGUACCAAGUUAGAGAAAGCACAGAUCAAGGCCAUGUAAGUAGACAUUAUGAUCAGAGCUGGGCAGAGCCUGUUAGUGCUCACAGACAGUUUCGCUUUUGCUGUUUGUAACUGUUGCCCCUCCCAACUAUCCUCAGCUCUCCUCUUCCUUUUCAAGUUUCUCUUGGAAACAUCUGUAGAAUUUCUUCUUUUCUUUUGGAAGAGGGGGAAAAGGAGAGAAAUCUGUGGGCAAGUCACAAACUGAUGGGCAACUCACACAGCACAAUUGUUCAUUGUAGUGUAAAAAUGAGUGAACCUGUGGAAUCUGGACUUUGGGGAAAUGUGAGGGUCAAUUGUAAAUGGAACUCUGCAAGCAGAUUGCAUAGAAAAAUCACCCUUGGGAAUUCUUAAAAUUCAAGGGGACUCUCAGCUCCUCAGCCAACUGGGCCUGCCGUGAGCACAAGGUUGGACCAGAUGUCCUCUAGAGUCCCAUUCCAAUGUAUUGGUUCUAUGAGCUGCAUACAAUGAGACUUUCACCCAGCUCUUAUCAUUGUCUACUGAACAGAGGAGCAUUUCUCUGUCCACUGGUGCUAACAGUUGUCUUCUCAUAUAGGGCACAAGAAAGAGUAGAUGCAGAAAAUGAGGUACAUUACAGAUUCUUUUAGAUGAGGAUCAUGUCUUUUUUAUAACUCAUAAUACUGUUUUGAGGAACUGAGUCCUUCUGCCAUUAAAUGCACUGGAAAUGUGAAAAGCCUACCUAUACCCUGUGCAGAGUGUUCAAGUAAGACAGUGUUUCAAGCUGCAGGUUUCCACAUUUACUCUGUUGGGUUGGAGUUACAAGCACAAAUUCAAAGCAGGCACUUUCUGCUGGUUUUUUUCUGGCUCCUGGCAGCAUCAGCUCUAUGUUCUACCAUCCGUGACGCCGUGCUGGGUUGCUCUGGUGAUGGCAGCCAGACCUGGAGGAGAAGCAGCAAGAAAAGACAGGAUCUUACAUACCGUACAGUGGAAGAGAAAACCAGGAGAAGGUUGACAUGUGGAACAGACAUGCAGUCCCGCAUGCAUGGAUUGCUUACCAGAAUUUCCCAGAAGGUGACAGCAGGUCAAAACCCUCUUAGAAGACUUUAAGGAUGGUGUUAAAUGAACAGCAACAACAACAAUAGACCAAGCACACCCUGGUGCCCUGCAAGGCUGGAGACAUUAUACAAACAGUGUUGAAAACUGGAGCAAGUAGGGAUUUAUUUUUCUUUAGUUUAAUCAAGCUUGUUCUUCUUUGAAUCAUGGUGUUAAUUGGAGGUGUUAAGGGCAGGCAGCAUGAAAGUAGGAAUUAGGGCACCUGAGUGAUGUUUGCUUUGUCAGCCAUUGGCUCAUUGUGUAACACCAGGCAAGUCCUCAGGGGCUGGGACUUGCAGGAAAUAGUAACACUUGGCUUGGAAAAGCACUUCAAAAACUUUGGACAACUGAUGCUAACAAAGCGCAAAGAUUUAUUUAUUUAUUUAUUUAGCUAUUUAUUUAUUUAUUUGAGUGGUUCCUAAAGUAAAACAUCCCUUGGUGAAAAGCACUGAUUAACACCAAAAUCUGGUAGCUGUGGAAAGGACAGCUGCAUUACUGUUCCCAGCAAGGAGUCUGUCCCCUCAUCCUCAAAGCAGCAGUUUGAACAGUGAAACAAAUCCUGUUGUAACACUGGACAAGGUCCUUGAAAAAAACCAGUCUUCUCCACAUGUUGUUCAUAUUGCAGUGAUCUAUGUGUGCCCUUGUAGCUGCAAAGACCUAGAAAAGAGAUGGCCAGUGGCCCAAAUCUAGCCAGCACAUUUCCCUUGCUCCCUGGCAGCACUAGAGUUGGGAUAAAACCUGCAGUGACUUCAGCACAAGCCCCUGUUUCAUCUGAUUAGAAGCCUUUGGGGAUGCAGAAAGGGCCCGCCAAUACAGAUGUGAGAGCUAUUGCUUUCCUGUGUCAUUGCACUGUGGUUGAAAUUCACUGCUUGGUCUGUUCAGAAGGAAAAUAGGGAAAGCUAGGAAACAGUAGAGAGAAGGCAAAAUGUGGUGGGCAAAUGAGCAGACAGCCUCUAAUUGGAACAGCAUUUUCCCCCUAAAGGUCUACUCCAAUCUACCUGAAGACUUUGUCCAAACCUCCCUCUGACAGGGCAUUUCCAGUGCAGACUGAGAACCUUCUGUAUCCUAGGAGACAUGUCUUGGCCACUGACUGUAAUUACACCUAGGGUCAAUCUCCUGCUGCUGACUGAGUUUGACACCUUGGGGCCACAGCCGAACUAAUCAAAACAAACCUACAUGAUGGUAAUUGGACUGGCAAACUACUGUUCCUCUACUGUGCAGUGUACAGUUCGAGUUUUGAAUGUGCAGUCUAAGAAAAAAUAUUUUUUUUCAAAAGACA